UCCCCGGCCACCCUUGGCCCGGCGGAUCCUGCGGUCAGCGGCCUCUCUCCAGCAAAACACCUGUUUGUUGGUAUGCUGGAGCUAGAGCUGGAGAGUUCAAAAAGUAAACUUCUUUUUAAGAGAGACUUGUAAAAGCCGUUGAAUUUUGGUGAUUGCCUUGACAUGAGAACACAGAAGAAGCUCGAAUGCAAGCAGUUUUAAAAUAAUAUUGAGUUUAAUAUAUACCGUUUUUUGAUGGAAAGAAUAAGCUAAUUAUCAGAAGUAAAGCAGGGUCAUCAUGAUUAUACGUUGACUUGUAUGUAAGAAAGUUAAUGGAUCUUGCUGUGAAAUAGAUGUAAAAUGCAUUCAAACCGUGAAAAUAUAGUUGUAAGCAAGCAUUCUGUUGUCUCUGAGCACUACUCAGACGGGAGCGACAUAAGUUCUGAUAAUGAAUUAUGUAGUCAAGUGGAAUCGUGGGAAAGUUCCCAUUCAUCAUCUUGCAGCUCGUGUUCAGAUUCUGCUUCUGGAGAUGAGUCUGUUGUAUGGGAAAAUGAAAUAAGAUACGAUGGACGACUAACUUAUAUUGAAUCAGACCCAUCACAACAGAAGCGAAACACUGACUCAAAUAGUGUGCACAUUAGUAGCAUUACAGAUGGUUUUCCAUCAAAAGCUCCCUCAUCAAAAUUAUGGACAAACGGAGGGAAAUUAGUUCGACUUAUACGUAGAAGAGAAAGCAAGAGACAUUAUAACAAUAUAUCAAAAGGCAGUAAUUCACAAGAUGGGUGGAAACAAAAAAAAAAAAUUACAUCUCCUCAAGAGGUAGCUUCUACUCCUCAGGAACAGAGUUCUCAUUUAGUGGAGCUACAUGUUGAUCCCUGGGUAAAGCCAAAUUUAGGCCGCCGGGCCACAGUCAGUGAAACCCUUCUAGGCUUAGUCACUACCAAUGAAGAAUCAGCUGUAAUUAUAACUGACUUUGUUCCUGAAGGCCUUGCAGCCCAGCAAAACUUGUUAAAAUUAGGAGAUAGGAUAUGCUCUAUUAAUGGUAGAGAUGUUACAGCACAAAAUUUUAACACUGUGCUCGAAGCUAUUAAUGUACCAUGUAAACUCAGUCUGAGUGUUUUAUCAAAGCCCAAGACUUCCAUAGAAAAGACUAACAUAGACAAGAAAACGGUCAAGAUAUACCAAACACCUCUCGCUGAAAGAAUUUCUAAAGAGGGCAUAUAUUCAGCUGAAAUUGAGAAAAUGCUUCUUCUUUCACCUGUUGGAGUUUUGUACCUCCAGCUUGAUGGACUAACUGAGGGUGGACCUGAAGAUCAAGGGGUUCUUUACUGUUACCCAGGAAGUUUUAAAUCUAAUAUUCUUGGAUCCGUCAGAGGUGCAUUUCUAACUCUUUUCCAGUUGAUUCCCGACAUUACUCAUUCGACACCUAAAAGCUCUUCCAUACUAGUAAAUGGGGAGGUGGUACACAUUAUCUAUGUGCAGGAAGGCCGUGAACUAUUACUUAUUGCAGUCCCAAAUAACAGGUGUUCUAUACACGAGGCAGAAAAACAGUGCCAUGAACUGGUAAAAUUCCUGCAGUUUACCCACCAAACACUUUCAAGAUGUUUUUCAUCACAGGAUGACCAUACCACUUUAAACCACACAAUUUCUACAUUCUUAUCACGUAUACUUUUAGCUGAUAAAUGGGCUGACAUUUCUGAUUGUACUACCUUUCGCAAUAUGACGACUGAAACCUAUAAUACUCGUCCACAAUUUGAGCUCAUAUUGCAAGCUGCUCAUGUACUUCCUCUGCCUCGCGAGGCUCAGGUUCAGAUUGACGAUGCUUUGAGUGAACUAGAGUCCAAUGACAUAGGAGAUUCUUGUGAAGAUCUAGAUUUUCAAAGGCUUUUUACUAUUCUUGGUUGCUGUGUGUAUCACAAGGGGUACUUGCUAGGCUCCCACUUAACUCACUUAGAUCUUCUGGAUGUUCAUGCAUUUUGCCGUCAACAAGGACUUGUUCAGUUGAAUCAGUUUGAGUCAGUUCGGUCGUUAGUCAUUUGGAGAGAAGUUUACCCAUCAUUUCUUUCAAAGGAACAAUUAUUGGCAAGAUCUGAUACAUUAUCUGCCUAUACAAAUCCUGAAGGGCGAUGGUUCCUUAUGAUUGUAGGACAGAAACAGGAUAUGCUGGUGACACUUCUUGAAGCAGGUGGCUGUAGCCUUAAUGUUGAUGGACAUCCACCACCUGAUGUGCUGUAUGUUGAAGCUGCUCAGGAUACACUUCAGCACUUGAGGAAGAUAGGUGUUUUUAAUAUAGCAUCGGAAUGGCUUGAAACACAGCUACGCCCACAAUUGACCUCUCCUGAAACAGUUGCAGCAUCAAGGUCAUCCAGUCGCAAAGUUAACAAUUUACUAGGAUUACGGAUGCACCAUGAACACGCAUGGCAAAACAAUUUUUCCUCAAUCAUCAAUUCCCCAUCUACUAGGAAGAGUACUGAUUCACUUGUUGCAGGGAGGAGAAGACAAAGCCCUGAUCAUUCUAGUUCAGGUAUUUUACAUGGUGGAGAAACAUCAGAGGAUUCAGCAAGUCUUGUUGCCAGUCUACCAAGUGAUGAUCCAGUCUUCUCAUCUGGAAGAUUAAGAGCAGAUCGGGACCAUGGCGGCACUCACAUUUCACAUUCUGACCAUGAUGGAUCAGAAGACUCGGACUCUGAUUGGGACGCUAGUGAUACUCAUACAGGUCAAAGAAAUACAAGCACCACUGAUUUGUCAGAUUUGCACAAUUCUCUUCUUAAAAAUGUUGAAGGAACAGUGCCUUUGAAGCUAACCAUGGGCGUUGAAAAUAUUGUAUUUCAUUAUGUUCAUUUGGAUACAUCAGAAGGUGUAUUGCUAAGUCCAGUAAAAUCCUGUAAAUCAUUGGGAAUUUCAGAUAUUCUAUCAAAAUUCCGUCAUAGUGCUAUGCACAUACACACACUUUUCCAAAACACAAUUUCAUUCAAGAAAUUAAAAAGUGCAGAAGCAAGUCACUCACUAAUAAAUAAAUCAUUAGUGGCAAUCAAAGAAUUUGGAGUCCUUUUUGAGUACUCUCUUCCAGCACGGGGAAAUGAAAAGUCUACUUCUCAGUUAACCUACUGGGUUGUUGGGCGUCUUUUCUUCAUGCCAUCUCCAAAAGAGGUUUAUGUCUGCUAUGAAGAUUCUGCUCCACAAAACUUAAUUGAACUGGCAUUCAGAUUGGCUUUAACAACUACAGGAUGAGUUUACUGACAUUGAAUUUACUGCACGACAUGUAUCUUUUACUCUACUAUGGAAAUGUUUUGGAGUUUUUAUCAGCAUCAAGGAUAAUUAAUAUAUUUUACUCAAGUA